AUGGGACGCGCUGACCUCGAAGACGACUUUGUCUUCACCUUGUCCGACGAAGAAGCUCCUAAUGUUGAUUCGGAAGGUGAAACUACCAAGAACAGUGUAGUGGUGAAAAGGUCCAAGACAAAAACCUCUGGCACAAAACGAAGAAGAGACGAGCCCGAUAAUACCGAGGUCGAACAAAGCACGAACUCGAAGAAACGGAAGAAACAAAAGAAGGGCGGAAAGAAUGUCGCCAAUGGCAAGGAAAUAGAAAAUACCACAGCCGAAGAGGAAGAAGAAGAAGAAGAGGAAGAAUUUGACGAAGACGAGAAUGGUGUUUUAAAUCCAGAUUUUGAAUUCGAUGUCGGCGGCGUUGCGAAUGGGGGGUUAUUGGAGGAUUUCGAUGGAUGGGGAGAUGAAGGGCAGAAUAAACUUAAGGCAACAGAGAAGAAAGCGGUCGAUAUCGAUGAUAUCUUAGAUCGAAGGAGACAGAGGAAUCUGGAAAAACGAGAACGUGACAAGAAGAAGGCCACUAAGAAAGCUGCUAGGGAAGGUUUUGAAGACGCGGAUAAGGACGACGCAGAGGAAGCUGACGAAGAUAACGAGAUAAACGUGGAUCUUGACGAUGAUGAGCUCCUCGCACCUGAUGCGUUUGGAAUGGGAGCCCAAGGCGUCUCGGAAAGUGAGGAUGAGAUCGCGGGGUUAGAUGAAGACGAUGAGCAGGACGAGGAAGAAGCAGGAGAUGAAGAUGGAAACGACGACGACGACGAUGAUGAUAGUGACUCUGUGGCUUCUGCAGUGCCGCAUCCGGACGAUAUUGCGUCUGACGAGGAUGAAUCCGGUGGCGAUAGUGAAGACGACGAGGAAAUUCGCAAGCAAAAUGAAUUCUUCGCUCCAGAGGAACCAGCAGCCGAGUCAAAAUCUGCUUCGGGGGCAGCCAUCUCUUUCCAAAACCUUUCACUCUCCCGCCCAAUUCUUCGAGGACUCGCGUCGGUCGGGUUUUCUACGCCUACACCAAUCCAGCGAAAAACGAUUCCAGUUGCGUUACUCGGUAAAGAUGUGGUUGGUGGUGCGGUAACGGGUUCCGGUAAAACGGGCGCCUUUAUUGUCCCCAUCCUAGAACGUUUACUCUAUAGGCCACGGAAGGUCCCGACGAGUCGAGUUGCUAUUCUGAUGCCUACGCGAGAGUUGGCAGUGCAGUGUUAUAAUGUUGCGACUAAGCUAGCUACCUUUACCGAUAUCACGUUCUGUCAGCUUGUGGGUGGUUUCAGUCUGCGAGAGCAGGAGAAUAUCCUGAAGAAGCGGCCUGAUGUUAUCAUUGCCACUCCCGGUCGAUUUAUUGACCACAUGAGGAAUUCAGCAAGUUUUACUGUUGAUACUUUGGAAAUCCUGGUUCUUGACGAAGCUGAUCGAAUGCUCGAGGACGGGUUUGCGGAAGAGUUGAACGAGAUUUUGACCACGAUACCAAAGUCCAGGCAAACUAUGCUGUUCUCUGCGACAAUGACGAAUUCUGUUGACAAGCUUAUUCGAGUCGGUCUCAACAAGCCAGUUCGGUUAAUGGUUGAUGCGAAGAAGCAGACUGUGGUAACACUGGUUCAGGAGUUUGUCAGACUGCGACCUGGAAGAGAGGAUAAGCGGGUCAUCGUGUUCUUCCGCCAAAAGAAGGAAGCCCAUAGGGUUCGAAUCGUGUUUGGCCUCAUGGGCCUGAAGGCGGCUGAACUCCACGGAAGCAUGAGCCAGGAACAGAGAAUCAAAAGCGUGGAAGCCUUUAGAGAUGGAAAAGCAUCAUACCUACUGGCUACCGAUCUUGCCUCCCGUGGUCUCGAUAUCAAGGGCGUUGAGACCGUUAUCAACUACGAGGCGCCACAGUCGCACGAAAUUUACCUCCACAGAGUUGGUCGUACAGCUCGUGCCGGACGAAGCGGUCGUGCAUGUACUAUCGCAGCGGAGCCUGAUCGAAAGGUAGUCAAGGAAGCAGUCAAGGCAGGUCGUGCCCAGGGUGCAAAGAUCGUCAGCCGCGUGAUCGACCAAGCCACCGCAGACAAAUGGGCCGAACAGGUCAACGACCUGAUGCCUGAGAUUGAGGAAGUUUUGCAGGAAGAAAAGGAAGAGAAACAGCUAGCGCAGGCAGAGAUGCAGGUCACUCGCGGGAAGAAUCUGAUCGGCCACCAGGACGAAAUUAUGUCCAGACCCAAGCGCACAUGGUUCGAGUCGGAGAAGGACAAGAGGGAGUCUAAGAAGCGAGGGCUGAUGGAGCUAAAUGGACCAGACUCUGGGAAGAAGGGGAAGAAGAAGCUGAGCGGCAAGGACAAGAAGAAGCUGGACGACACACGGACACGAGAGGAGGGCCGGGUCUGGAAGAAGGGCAAGGCUGAGCGAGAGGCCAAGCCGGGCGCUCAAGGGAAGGGCAAGAAGAAGGCCAAGGGUGGGAAGAAGCGUUAA